CUCUCAAAUACUAUCGUAUAUAAGUUUGAUUAAUUUCAUACAACUCCGAUCCAUUAUAUUGCCGUAGACAUACAUAAAUUUCAGGAACUCAAAAACUAAACCUAUCUCGUUAGCUAGCAGUUUCUAGGUCGUGAGCUCAUAAAUAAUUUGCAGGUCAACUGAAAUGGCUUCCCAAGAACAUACCUACAGAGCUGGUGAGACCAAGGGCCGUACCGAGGAGAAGGCGGGACAAGCAGCGGAAGGAGCGAAGCAGAAGGCUUCGGGCGUGGCGCAAUCCACCAAGGAGACGGCGGGGACAACCCGAGACAAGAGUUCGGGGAUAGCCGAGAGCGCGAAAGAGAAGGCGGAGAGGGCGGCACAGGCAACUAGGGAGAAGGCGGGGGAGAUGACGGAGUCGGCAAAAGAGACGGCGGAGGCCGGGAAGGAGAAGACGGGUGGGGUGAUGCAGAAGACAGGGGAGCAAGUUAAGAAUGUGGCGCAAGGGGCAACUGAUGCGGUCAAACAUGCCUUCGGAAUGGCCGGGGAGGAAGAAGACAGGCAAUCCGGUCAUCCCAGUCGCUAGGCUCGGACCUUCUUUAACGUGUUAAGUUAAUAUAAUUAAUAAAGGUCAUCAUCAUCAACAAUCUUCCUAUCUCUAGAUAGCCAGUGUAUUGUUUUCAUUUGCUGGAAUAUAAUCCUUUUCCCUUUUACUCCUACCUUGCUAAUAAUCACUGUAUUUGUAGUAACAAUAAUAAGGGAAGAACAAUAAUGAUAUGCACCUAG